AUGGCGGUGUUUCUAGCUGUCCCACUGAAGCAGACUCAGGAAGUGGAACUUGUAAAACCAUUGAGGACAUUUAUUCAGAAUACUUUUACUCAAGCUGACCCAGAUGAUUAUAACCAGGCGCUUAAUGAAUUUAGUAAAUUAAGAAACUUAAUGAUAUCUAAAUCAGUGGACAAACACGAAUCAGCUCUGGAAAUUCUUUACCGGUAUUAUGAUCAACUUGUUGCCAUUGAAGAUAAAUUACCCAUUGCAGAAAAUCAGAUUCGAGUACAGUUUAAAUGGAGAGAUGCGUUUGACAAGGAGUCCUUGUUUUCAGGGAAAAGAAUUUUGGCCAUUGCAUCGGGCAGUUAUGAGAAGGUGUGUAUGUUGUUCAACAUUGCGGCCUUACAGACUCAGAUUGCUGAAGUACAGAACCAUGAUAGUGACGAGGGUCUUAAAAGCUCUGCCAAAUAUUUCCAGGCAACUGCUGGGAUCUAUGGUCACAUGAAGGAUGUGGUGCUGUCCCACGUACAACAGGAUCCAACCCCUGACCUGAAUCCGGACACGCUCAAUGCCCUUGUGGCUCUCAUGUUGGCGCAGGCCCAGGAAGCCAUCUACAGGAAAGCUGCAUCAGACAAAAUGAAAGAUUCCAUGGUGGCUAAGAUAGCAUUUCAAUUGUCUGACCUUUUUGCUGAUGCCAUGAAACUCAUGCAACUACAAUCACUUCGAGACCUCUGGCCUAAGGACUGGGUGGCGACAACAGUGAUGAAACAGGCAGCGUUUCAUGCAAUGGCAGAGUAUUAUCAGAGCUGUGUGGCCGCUGAGAAGAAAUGUUACGGUGAACAAAUUAGCAGGCUUCAGCAUGCUAAUGAACUUUUAAGUGCAUCCAUGACGAGAGGAGGGAGUGUAUUCUGCUUUAAGAACGAGCUGGCUCGUGUCAAGCGAGACCUGCAGGCAGCCAAGAAAGAUAAUGACUUUAUCUAUCAUGAUCAGGUGCCUGAUGUGAAGUCUCUACCCAGCAUUGGCAAGGCAGUCAUUGCAAAGCCUAUCCCUCUCACCAGCAAACCAAUGAGUGAAAGAUUUACUGAUUUAUUUAGUAAGCUGGUACCCAUACCUGUGUUUGAGGCUAUGACAGCAUUUGAUAACAGGAAGGGACAAAUAGUCAACACAGAGAUUGGCAGGCUACGAGAAAGUACCCAGCUAAUGAACAGUGUGCUAGCAUCCUUAAACCUGCCUGCAGCCAUUGAGGACCUGUCUGGAAACAAGGUUCCACAGUCUGUCCUUGACAAGGCUGCUCAGAUAAAACAAGAAGGAGGCAUGCAGUAUAUAGACAAGCUGAUGAGGGACCUCCCAGAGCUCUUACAGCGUAACCGAGAAAUCCUGGACGAGGCUACACGAGAGCUAGAAGAAGAAGAGACAUCAGACACCAAGUUGCGCGAACAAUUCAAGGAACGAUGGUCUCGUACACCAUCAGAGAAACUUACCAAGACGCUGAAGGAAGAAUGUACAAAAUACAAGAGUAUCCUUGAUGCAGCUAUUGGUGCUGACCGUAUAGUACAGGAGAAAUAUGCUAAACACAAAGAGGCCAUUGCUAUACUCUCUAAACCACAGGUUGACCUUGAGAAGUCAAUUCCUUCAUCUGGAGGAGGUAGUGGUCAGCAGAGUAGCCCAGCGGUCACCAGUUUACGACAAAUGAUGGAGGAAGUGGAGACCAUGAAGGCUGAACGGGAUGUCAUAGAGUCAGAAAUUAAGGAUGCCACGUUUGAUAUGACGGGUAAAUUUAUGGCUGCCAUGACUGCGAACGGCCUGGUUAAUGAGGAAGAAUUAUCUGGCGCCGAGCUGGACCAGAUUUAUAGUCCACUACGUGAACAAGUCACAAACAGUGUCCAAAGUCAAGAGCUUCUCCUGGGAAAAAUACAGAAUGCUAACACACAGUUCUGUCAUGAGAAGGCGUCUAGUCAGGGAGGCGCUCAGCGUGAAGCGCUACUUAAGGAUCUGGCCUCGGGCUUUGACAUGUACAUGCAGCUGAAAGGCAACUUGGAAGAAGGCACGAAGUUUUAUAAUGAUCUUACUCCACUUCUGGUGAAACUCCAAAGUAAGAUCCAUGACUUCUGUUUCGCGCGGAAGACAGAAAAAGAUGAACUGAUGUCAGACUUACAAAAGUCCAUUGUCCAACAACCAUCAGCUGCUGCUCCAGCAGCUCCUAGUUAUCAACAGCCAACCAGUACAGGGCCUUAUGGAGAAACAUCUAAGAGCCGGGUUCCACCCCCACGCCCUCCCCCUCCCUCGUUAACAUCAACCCAGCAGCCGGCCACAGCACCCACUGGUACCCAGCCCAGUGGUCCGUCCGCUCCGCCCUCCCAACCACCAGCACAAAACUACAAUCAGCCUGGAGGUUGGGGAGCACCUGCGUACGGUGGAGCACCACAACAAGACCCGAAUAGGUCAAUGCCGGCCAUGCCGUCAGGCUUUAACCCUUAUAAUCCUUAUAUGGGACAGCAGUAUCAGCCACCUCCGUAUCCAGGGCAACAACAACCAUACCCUGGGCAACAACAACCACAGUAUCCCGGGCAACAACAGCCAUACCCUCAACAACAACAAUAUCCUGGUCAGCCACCAUACCCCCAACAACAGCAGUACCCUGGUCAACAGCAGUACCCCGGAUACCCCAAUCAACAACAGGGCCAACCACCCUACCCCCAGAACACCCAGUGGAGAUAGGGAACAUACGAUGUGAAGACUGAAAUUGUGAUAGGUUGACUAUAAAUUUUCGCCUGAUUUAUUUCUCUUUAUGGACUCUGACCUGCAGUUGCUAGUGUAACGGACACAUAAGAGGACACAAAGGAUAGUGCUUUUUUGUGACCUAGUAGAUUCAUUUGAUGGAUAUCACCAAAUACAAAGAUUAGUGCUCUUUUUGUUGAAGGCUGACUUUUAACUCUAAUUUGAUAUAUCAUCCUGGAAAUUCGGAAGAGUAGAUUUUUUAGUUAUCUCCCCUGCUUCAUAUUAUUUCAAAUUUGUCACUGUGUUUUCUCUAUACACAAAUAGUCGUAUUUCGUGUUGCAAUUCCUUAAUUUGUGACAUUCACCGUAGAAUUCAUAAUAAACUGAAAGGUUCUGGUCAUGAAACGUCUUUAUCAUUUCAAAUCUCGUUCAUGGAUUAAACAUCUGUAAGAUAGGGGCGUCCACUUAAAUUAGUGAACAUCACCAUGAUAAGGCGGCAGAUCAGUCCUCUCUGGAUGUUUUGUGUGUUUACAAAAUAUAAGAAUAUUACUUCUUUAUGACAAAAAUUUGCUUCUAAAAGCAUCUGCUGUGAAAUCAUUAAUUGUUGUGAGAGAUUUAUUUUCGUUGUUUUCAUGGGCACUCCAUAUCCAUGAAAUGUUAUAUGAACUGAUAUAAUUAGUUUGAGGGUAUUUGCUGAGCUGUAUUUAUCCACAAAAACAAAUGAUCAGGAAUCGAUGAUUUUUUUUGGAAAAACCAUUAAAAUUCAACCCCACGAAAAUAUGUGAUUUUUACAGGAUGUUACGAGUAACCCCAUUUUUCAGAAUCUGCAUGAAACUUGCAAAAUUCUCAUUUGACAGUUUGUGUGCUUUCUUCACUAAGUCAUGUCCAGCUAGAUGACACUUAUGGAAAAAUUUCAAUCUUGGAUCAAUCAGUACUUAAAAUCUUGUAUAUACAGAUAUAUACUCCGUUUGACUUGUGUAUCAUGUUGAUCAGUCAUACUUCUGACAAAAAUAUUGGAAAAUUCAUCUUUGUCUUAGUAAUGCAAGUAACUUUUACCUCAAAUAUCUUUACAGAAUGUACUCCAAACACCCUGUCAACAUACCUGGUACUUUCUAAAUAUACUGUUUCUGUGAAAAAGAGGGUUUGUUAUUGAGUGUACCUUUUUUGUAAGUUUUGAUAAUUACUCAAUAUAUUCAUCAGAAAUUCAUUAAAUAAACUAAAAAUGAUGAAAAAUUCUCAGACAAUUGUUCAGGAUAGUGUGAAUUACCUGUAUUUGCCCAGGAAAUAACCACGAGCAUAUCAGGAAGUGCUAUUGAUUGUGUUUUUUUUUUUUAAAUAAACUAAUGUGAUUCUAUUUUUAUGACUCACAUUGUGAGUAUUUAUGUAUCUUAAAUAGUAUCUAUACUGUAUAUAGAUAGGAGAUGAAAUGUUUCUCAAUUCUCUAUUGUCAUGUAUUACUGAAAUUGGAAAUGAUGUCCAUUUCCAAAAAUAUAGAUAUUUCAAAUUAUUUAAGAAGUCUAAUAAAUUCUUCAAUACAU